AUGUAAUCUGAGCCAGAUUAAAUUAUGGAGAAAAGUCCAAAAGGAAGAUUCAUUAGAGUAUUAAAAUAACAAUGCUAAAAGGCAGUUUAAUGAGUAAAUCGGGAAAGGGACUUAUAAAACUGUGUAUAGAGGCUAUGAUGAAGAAUCUGGAUGUGAAAUUGCAUGGAAUGUAAUACAUUUAGAUCAAUUGCCUCAGUGUAAAUAGAAUUGAUUUUAUUAGAAGAGGAAAGGAAACGAAUAUCAGAGGAACUUAAUAUUCUUAAUAACAUUAAGCAUCCAAAUAUUAUAAGUUUUAUUAAUGCUUGGAUUAGCAAAAAUAAAUGUGAAGUUAUUUUUAUAACAGAAAUUGUUCAUGGUGGAUCAUUAAAAAAGUAAUUCAUUUAUAUGAAUAUAGACAUUUAAAAAAGAUAUAGAGACCUCGUUUAAAAAUACUUAAACAUUGGUGUAGAGAAAUUUUGAAAGGUUUAGAAUAUUUACAUAGUAUAUCUCCAUAUCCAGUUAUACAUAGAGAUAUUAAAUGUGAUAAUAUAUUUAUCAAUACACAUAAUAACCAAGUUAGAAUAGGAGAUUUUGGAUUAGCAAUCAAAUUAUAAUAAUAGGAUUUUACAUAAUCUAUACUUGGAACACCAGAAUUUAUGGCACCUGAAAUUUAUGAGGAAAAGUAUGGUCCUCCAGUUGAUAUUUAUGCUUUUGGUAUGACAUGUUUAGAAAUGGCAACUUAAAGGAGACCAUAUGAAGAAUGCACAGCACCUAAUUAAAUUUAUUAAAAGGUAAUAUUUAGUUUCAGAAUUAGGUCAUUAAUAGGAUUAAACCAAAAACAUUAGAUCUUAUUUAAAAUCAAGAUUUAAAAUUAUUUAUUUUAAAAUGUCUCGAAGAUUAAGAAAAAAGACCGACAGCUUCAGAAUUACUUAAUGAUAAAUUUUUAAAUGAAUCAGAAAAUGAUAAUCAACAUGUUGUUAUUUUAGAAGAGAAAUAAAUUGAUCAAAUUUUAGAAAAUUAAAUUCAAAAAUAUAACCCUAUAUUUAGAGAAUAGCUAGACUUUAAUAGUUCUAUAUUAAUUUAAUUAAAUGAAUCAGAUGAAAUGCAUAUUAAAAUUACUUUCAUUGAAACUUCUUAAUAUAAUUCGUCUUUUCAAGAAUUUAUUAGGUCAAGUGUCUAAAAAUAUUUGGAUUUACAAAAUGCUGAAUAAUUCGCAAAAUUUUAAGAAGAAAGUAAAUAUUAUUUACAAUAAUAAGUUCUUAAGCAAGGUGAUAUUGAAAAAGUUGUAUGGGUAAAAGCAAGUGAAGAAUCUAAGAAAAUUAUGAAAAUUUAAUUGUUGUAAUCAUUAGAGCAAUUUCAAUCGGUAUCAUUCUUAAAUAUUUAGACUGUUUCCACUCUAAUAUAAGAUGUUGAUAUAAACGAAUGGGAAUUAAUUGAAUAAUAAAUUUUGGUGCAGUUUUAAUAACAAAGAAAAUAAAUCAAAUCAAAAUUGUCAAAUUGAUAAAAUAUAAUAUUGUAUNUUCAUUUAUAUGAAUAUAGACAUUUAAAAAAGAUAUAGAGACCUCGUUUAAAAAUACUUAAACAUUGGUGUAGAGAAAUUUUGAAAGGUUUAGAAUAUUUACAUAGUAUAUCUCCAUAUCCAGUUAUACAUAGAGAUAUUAAAUGUGAUAAUAUAUUUAUCAAUACACAUAAUAACCAAGUUAGAAUAGGAGAUUUUGGAUUAGCAAUCAAAUUAUAAUAAUAGGAUUUUACAUAAUCUAUACUUGGAACACCAGAAUUUAUGGCACCUGAAAUUUAUGAGGAAAAGUAUGGUCCUCCAGUUGAUAUUUAUGCUUUUGGUAUGACAUGUUUAGAAAUGGCAACUUAAAGGAGACCAUAUGAAGAAUGCACAGCACCUAAUUAAAUUUAUUAAAAGGUAAUAUUUAGUUUCAGAAUUAGGUCAUUAAUAGGAUUAAACCAAAAACAUUAGAUCUUAUUUAAAAUCAAGAUUUAAAAUUAUUUAUUUUAAAAUGUCUCGAAGAUUAAGAAAAAAGACCGACAGCUUCAGAAUUACUUAAUGAUAAAUUUUUAAAUGAAUCAGAAAAUGAUAAUCAACAUGUUGUUAUUUUAGAAGAGAAAUAAAUUGAUCAAAUUUUAGAAAAUUAAAUUCAAAAAUAUAACCCUAUAUUUAGAGAAUAGCUAGACUUUAAUAGUUCUAUAUUAAUUUAAUUAAAUGAAUCAGAUGAAAUGCAUAUUAAAAUUACUUUCAUUGAAACUUCUUAAUAUAAUUCGUCUUUUCAAGAAUUUAUUAGGUCAAGUGUCUAAAAAUAUUUGGAUUUACAAAAUGCUGAAUAAUUCGCAAAAUUUUAAGAAGAAAGUAAAUAUUAUUUACAAUAAUAAGUUCUUAAGCAAGGUGAUAUUGAAAAAGUUGUAUGGGUAAAAGCAAGUGAAGAAUCUAAGAAAAUUAUGAAAAUUUAAUUGUUGUAAUCAUUAGAGCAAUUUCAAUCGGUAUCAUUCUUAAAUAUUUAGACUGUUUCCACUCUAAUAUAAGAUGUUGAUAUAAACGAAUGGGAAUUAAUUGAAUAAUAAAUUUUGGUGCAGUUUUAAUAACAAAGAAAAUAAAUCAAAUCAAAAUUGUCAAAUUGA